UCCAAAGCCAAAGCAGAAAACGCCGUACAGCAAACACCGGAUGCGCAAAUACAAGGAAAAGUAAAAGCUAUUAAAGAAAUUCGAUUCUCUUCCCAUUCUGGUGCAUCAUGCCGCAAGGAAGGCGCAAGGUAGCGUUCAGUGGAAAACAGAAAAAGCAACAGCUGCUAGCGAAAAAGCAGGCGAAAAGUAGCACAUCGCACAACUUAAUACGAAACCUGAAGGAUGAGGAGUCGAGCGACAUCAGCGAGGACAGCGAUAUGCCGAGAACGUUCGGGCAGAACAUUGAAAAGAUCAACCUGCAACCGUUGAAGGAUCCGCGCAGCAAAACGAACCGAUACGUGCUGCAGUUCCACCGGGAAACGGCGAAGGAACUGCGGGAGAUGAAGGAGGAAGCCCGGAAGGGGCUGGUGUAUCGCAGCGAGCAGGAGAUGGAGCUGGGGGACAACUACUUCCAGCAGUACGAUUUCCCCACGCGGCCCAAGUGGACGUACGAGAUGUCGAAGGAGCAGCUGGAUGGCAACGAGAAUCGGUACUUCUUUAAGUACGUUACAAAGCUGGAGAAGGAUCAUUACGACGACAUGAAAUCGCUGAGCUUCUGUGAGUUGAAUUUAGAAACCUGGAGACAGUUGUGGCGUGUGCUAGAGUUAUCGGACAUAGUUUUAAUCAUUGUGGAUGCUCGUUUCCCUACGCUCAUGUUUCCUCCUGCGCUUUACAAGUACGUGACGGAGGAGCUCGGCAAGGGAAUGAUGCUAGUCAUCAACAAGAUCGACCUGGUGGAAGCGGAAGCGGUACUGGCCUGGAAACGAUACUUCGAACAGAAGUAUCCGCAAAUCCAUGUGGUGCUGUUCACGUCCUACCCUUCGUACAAUCUGCGUGGUAAGCAGGAAAGCAAGUACGGGCUGAAAAUUCGUCGCCGCCGUGGCCGCAUGCGCAUGGCGGCGGAAGGAGCGCAGCAGAUCUACGACAUCUGCCACAAGUACGUCGGCGAUGAGGUGGAUCUGGGCUCGUGGGAGCAAAAGAUUCUCGAGGAACGCAACGCACCGAUGGAGGUGGACGGGGACGAGGACGAGAAGCUCGUUUCGGAGCGAACGCACGAGGAGGAGAAAGAUUUCGCGUUCGAAGAGCACGUCAAGUUUAAGAACGGCGUGCUUACGAUCGGGUGCGUCGGCUACCCGAACGUUGGCAAAUCGUCCCUGCUGAAUGCCGUCAUGGGCCGGAAGGUGGUCAGCGUGAGUCGUACGCCGGGCCACACGAAACACUUCCAGACGAUCUUCCUCACCAACACGGUACGGUUGUGCGACUGUCCUGGGUUGGUGUUUCCCUCCUCGACACCACGCCGGCUGCAGGUGCUGAUGGGAAGCUAUCCGAUCGCGCAGCUGCGCGAACCGUACGCCUCGAUUCGGUUUUUGGCCGAGCGGCUCGAUCUGGUGCGGCUGCUGUCCCUGAAGCAUCCGGAAAGCGAGAACGAUGAAUGGUCCGCGAUCGAUAUUUGUGACGCUUGGGCGAUCAAGCGAGGCUUUCUGACGGCCAAAGCUGCCCGUCCGGACACGUACCGAGCGGCCAACAGUAUUCUGCGUAUGGCGCUGGACGGUAAAAUCACUCUCUCGCUGAAGCCGAUCGGGUAUCACCUGGAGAAGGAGAAGCUGGCCACCGAUCCGGGGCUGGCACGGGUGAAAGAAAUCCAAGCGAUCGUCGAGAACGAUGGUAACGACGAUGAGGACGAUUGCUUUUCGGACACGGAUACGGAAGACAUGGCUGGAGCGAGCAAUGACGGUGAUAAUGAGGAGGAUGAAGAUCCAAACAGUACGAUGUCUCCGCCGGCAGGCUCUAGCAGUGCAAAUCCGUUCGAUCUGCUCGGUAGUCCCGAGUAGGAAGGGGUGGGGUGGAAUUUCGAUUGCAAGUUAUGUAAAUUAUGGUCUGAAUCAUAUUUGUCUCGCUUUUAAUAAAUGUGUUAAAGUUACUCCGCUUA